GAUGUUACGCUGUCGUUCACCACGGCUGAACUAUCGAGCUUUUCCUCUCCUGAUAACAGUCACGCCUCGAACCGGCGAACCUGCGGUCGACCAUUAGUGUCCUCCGCGACCACAACUGGUUUCACUUCCCUGCAGAAGAAAGAAUAAUCUGUGGAAUGUUUCAAUAAGGAUGGUAUAGAAAUUGCUGGUUUGAAGGAGGCUGAACGAUUUUCUGUUUUACGAGCAUAGGACUCGGCUCGAUAUUCGCGAGUUCUUGCCACAGUGAAGAAUUGUUUAGUGUAAUAACGCGUUUCUCCAAGCUUGAAAGGUGAAUCCUUAUUGUAAAGUGACUGUUGAAUUACUGGCAGAGCUGAUUUGUUUCGCCGGUUUUAGUGCUCUAGAAUGUCAUCUGGAUUUCAUAGUCGUGGACGAAAACCUUGAGCUUCCCCGCGAGGGUGUCCCCCCAGAGGCCUGCCAAGGAGUCGAAGGGGUUUCAUGUGAGCCCCAGUGCUAGCCCCACGUCGCCACCCAGCCCGAUCAACGACAACAUGGACAAGGCGCCGAUUAUUACCGACGAGUGAAUUAUACUAAAGGAAGAGUGCAACUAUCGGGACCUCUCCGUUUGAAAUUGAAAUGGCCUCGUUAAAAUUCUAGUUGUGCUUAUUCAUGGGUCGUGAACUCGUGGAGUUCUUAAAUCCCACGUUACAACUCGACGUCUGUUCAGAAAGCUAUGGAAACAAAGAGACGAAUGUUCUAUUUUUCUAGCGCCAAGAAAAGUAUCUAGCAGGAGAAAUGAAACUUUUCUCUUUUCUCGCUUCAGCGAAGAAACCAAAUUUCCAGGACCUGGAAGCAGAGAAGGCAAUAAUGGGCUCCAUUGUAUAUUGCAUACAUCAUAAGGAUGGCUGCAAGUGGUCUGACGAACUUCGAAAGUUAAAGGCUCACCUGAAUACCUGCAAGCACGACGCGGUCCCCUGCAGCAAUAAAUGCGGCGCGAUGAUCCCCCGUGUGCUGAUGGAGGACCAUUUAAAGUACACUUGCGCCCAGCGGCGAGCACGCUGCGACUUCUGUGCCAAAGAAUUCACCGGUCACACGCUCGAGAAGCACACAGGGACGUGUGGUUAUGAACCACUCUACUGCGAGAAUAAGUGUGGCAUGAAAGUACAGCGAAGGCACCUCAGUCAACACAAGUUAGGUGAAUGCGCGAAAAGACUGGUAGCCUGUCGUUACUGCAACAAAGAGUUCGUUUUUGACACGCUCGGUGCUCAUCACGCCAAGUGCGGCCGCUUCCCAGUUGCCUGUCCACACCGUUGUGAAACUGCCGUCCUACCAAGAGAAGAUCUCGAAGUCCACUUGAAAGAUCAUUGCACUACACACCUCUUAUCCUGUACUUUCAAGGAUGCCGGCUGUCGUUUUAAGGGAAAUCGAUUUUCGUUGGAUAAGCAUUUGGAAGAAUCAACAAAAAUGCAUUUAAGUUUGAUGUGCAGUGUAGUAACAAAACAGCAGCACCAGAUAACCAGUCUGAAAUCCGCUAUUAGCAAACUAUCAUUAAAUUACACAGGCACACUAAUAUGGAAGAUUACAGAUUACAGCGCCAAAAUGUCUGAGGCAAAAGCCAAAGAGGGAAUGGAACUCGUUAGCCCUCCUUUUUACACUAGUCAAUAUGGUUACAAGUUACAGGCAUCACUUUUCUUAAAUGGAAAUGGUACUGGCGAAGGAAGUCAUAUCUCAAUAUACAUAAAAAUUCUUCCUGGAGAAUACGAUGCUCUGUUGCGAUGGCCAUUUUCCCACAGCGUGUCCUUUACUAUAUUUGACCAGACUGUUGUCGCAGAGAAGGCGUGCAAUAUCGUGGAAAGUUUUAUACCAGAUCCAACAUGGAAAAACUUCCAGAGGCCCAGCCGCGAGCCUGAUUCUCUCGGUUUUGGUUUCCCCCGAUUUCUUUCUCAUGAAAUGGUGAAAAAACGGCAUUUUGUUAAAGAUAAUACUAUGUUCAUCCGGGUAAAGGUCGAUCCCAGCAAAAUAGUUGCUGUCUGAGAGCGAUAAUAACGUCGAAUCGUAUUUUUAAAUGCAUUGUAUCAUACUAACUCAAUCACUAUCGUUCCGCGUAACACUUUCGAUAUUGUUACACCACACUCCAAACAAACAAACAUACACACAUACACGUACACAUUCACAUUUCUUACUUUUACACGUAUCGUCAAACCAGUAAACGAUUAAUGGUACUUGAUAUUUAUUAAUUGUAUACUUUGUGUGAUAGGCCGAAGUACUUGACGUCAUAUAAAACACGUCGUUGCACUAAAAGUAUACUAAACGAAAGUAACUCAAAAUAAGAAAUAAUUUCCCCUAUUGUUCUACAUAACAUUUAGGGGAUCUGAAUUCGGAAAACUAUAUACUGAUUAUGAUCGAAAUUGUUUCUUUAUUACAUUGAUAAUAUUUAUGUUGAUUAUCUUUAUAUAUAACAUUGAAGAUUAGGAUACUUUAAUAUGAACAGGCGAUCCUCUAAUUAUUUAAAGGAAUAUAUUUCUCAGUUAAAUGGGAACAAGAUGAAUAAUUGUGUAUAUCAACCAUCGGAAUUUUUUAAUUUCUCAUUUAUAGCAUCAAACUCGUUUAUUUUACUACUGUUCCCAAUUAUUUUCAUCUUUUAUUUUGUAACAUACAUUUCCAUGUGUUCUACACUAGACAAUUUGAUUUGCAAACUUAAUAUAGGAUUGAAAUUCUGACUGAUAUUUGAACAGAUCAACUUCUUCAACUUAACUGUUUUAUAAGUUUUGUAAGUUUAUUAUAACGAAAUCUACCUUAAAAAUUCAAAUCAAAGAUUAUUAAAGGACUGUGUAUUAUAAGCUUAAGGUAUGUAAAUAUUGUGAAAAAAAAGAAAUAUAGCGAUAAACGAGUUGCAAGUUCAUUAGUCAAAGCAACAAAUUUACCGAUGUAAAUAUAAGUUUACUACAUGUUAGUAAUAACGAGAAAUUGUGAUUGAGAUGCUAGUGACUGUAUGUAAUGAACCUAAAAAUAAGAAAUAAUAAAAUUAUUAUAUCGCA